AUGCCAAUAGUUUGGCCACCAUACGGUUACAGCUCUAUCAUCACAUUCAUGAUUGCCGCCGCCAGACUAUUGUCUGGUAGUUGGUCACGGAGUGAUUUCAUCGUCUUCACCACCUCCGAGGUACUGAGAGGCUGGUUUUCGGUUGGUAGUUUGGUCGCCACGCCUUUGAGUGACUCAGCUAAAAUCGAAACAACGGCUACAAGUGCAGGAAGCACUUCAAUCAUGCCUUGCGUCAUCCUUGUUACUGCGUCCGCGGUAACCUCGCCACUUGUAGGGGAUCAGUUCGAGGUAAGGUUCUCCACUUAUGAGAUGGCGAAUCCUUGCCCUAGUCGAAUGACUCCCAGUAUUAUCUUGGUCUUUUGGCUUGAUUGCCCCUACCCUUCUGAUGGACUGUUCUAUCAAGCCUGCGCGGGGAGGCGGGAUCAAGCAUGCUCAGGAGAUCUAUUACAGACACAAGCUCAGCCGAUAUUGGAACCGUUCAACAAGGGAUUGCCAUCCGAUCUCUACAUCAUGGUCAAAUCUAACGGGCAAAGACGUCCUAUGAUAUGGGAUAGGCAUAUAGUACAAGUAACAAAAACUCCUAUUCAUUGGGUAUAA